UUUAAUGUUAACAACAUCCUCUUCCUUAUUUUAUUAUUUUAAUAAAAAUAAAAAUUAUUAUUUUCCCCUUUUAAAUUUAAUUAAAAAAUUAAUUCACCCUUGCCUUAAUUAUUACCGCCAAAACAAAAUUAAAUUUCCCUAUUUUUUAUUAUUAAUUUUAUUGAGUACAUUUCCAAAUAAAAACGAGGCUAAUAAUAAUAUUCAAAGAAGGCAUAGUCCUUUUGCGCAAGGAAAUCUUUUUGUUGUUUUUGAUGCAAAGAGUGGACGGUCGUCUACGCAGAGUCCACAAAUGGCCAACUUAAGUGCACUUUGGUGUCAGGCGACAUCUAACGGCAAAGACGUUCUCCGAAUUAAAGAAGCAAGAUUUGUAAGAGUACUUCCAAAACCAGAAGAAAUACACGAGGCGAGUAGGUACAAUGGAGCUCGAACCCGUGCCUUUCUAGAAUUCGAUUCCCCAGCACCAAUAACUUCAGUAGGCAAAUAUCGUUGUGAGAUAAACACAACAACUGUGGAGGAAGGAGAAGAAAAAAGGGUUACAGUUGUAGGGAAUUUAUUUGUAAAUAUGCGGCCUGUAUUAAUAUUAAAUGCAACUACUAGAUUAGAUCAAGUAGAAGAUGGAAAUUUUUUUUCUUGGAUCGGCUCAGCCAAAACAGUACCAUUAGGGGGUGAUGUAUUUAUUGAAUGUCCAGCUAUUGGAUAUCCUUUGCCUGAAAUACGAUGGUUUAAAGAUAAUAGGCCGCUUAAUACUAGCGUUCUGUUACCUCCUGAUAAAAUGCGUAAAACAAUCUCAAGUCGUCGCAAAUACGUAUUAACUGCAAAAGCAUUGUAUAUUAGGUCAAUAGACGUCGAUGACGAGGCUACAUAUAAAUGUUUAGCUACAAAUUCAUUUACAGAAGAAUUUGGAAGACCACCACGAGAGUUUCAGGUUACCUUGGAGCAUUAUGUGAGGAUUCCAUUAGCAAUGUCUUGGAUAAUUCCUCUCAUAAUUAUUAUUGCAAGUCUUCUACUUUUAGCACUAAUAAUUUGGGGCUGUUCACAAAAAGACCGCAACAAGCGGAACCAAUACAACGUUGCUCAAAAAGAAAAAAAACAUUUUCGCGCAUCGGGAGGUGAGGGAGGUAGACCACCCACUGAGGAUGAAUUGGACGACUAA